AUGGCAGAGAGAAGCAGAAGCAGAAGCAGCAGCAGCAGAACUCACAGUACUGCCACCAAUAAAUCUAGCGAAGAAGAAGAAGAGAAGAUUAACGAUGUAAAUAUUUCCGAUCUAUUGCCACUGGAACUCAUGAAAUCAGAGAUAAUUCCUCAAAUACCGAAUUGCUCAGAUUCGGCCGUUGAUUGGUUACCAGACUUUGCUGGUUUCUCAUGGAUCGCAUACGGUGCUUCUUCGCUUCUCGUGAUCUCCCACUUCCCUUCGCCGCUCUCUAAGGAAGAAAGCCUAAUUGGUCCCAUUUUCCGGCAAGUGAUCGAGCUAUCGUCUGACGAGUCUGUGUUGGUAAAGGCUGUUGCUUGGUCUCCGUCCUUCCCUUCGGAAGGUGAGCUGGCGGCAGUGGUGGAGAAUUGUGUCUGCUUGUAUUCAGGGAAUUCUCGAAUUACUCAUGGUUCUUUUUGUUGGAGUCAUGUUGGAAUACUUCUACACUCGUCUACGGUGGACACCAUCAAAUGGACUGGCUCUGGGGAUGGUAUAAUUGCAGUGGGAGUUGAUGUAGCAUUGUGGAAAAGGAAUAGCCAGAGCUGGGAAAUAGUAUGGAAAUUUAGAACAGAACAGCCUCAAACUCUGGUUUCUACAACCUGGUCAAUUGAAGGGCCUGCAGCGAUUGCAGCAUCUUUGGGUGUAUCAGACAAUGGAGAUUCAUCUUCUCUACCUGAUGGUGCAAGUAAAUGUGUAGUUGUUUUUCAGAAUGAUGUGAAGCAUGGAUCUCUGAGAGCUGAGUUACACCAUCCUCAGCCUGUUUCAAUGAUUCAGUGGAGGCCAUUAAUUAGAACACAGUCAAAGAAGGAUAUAUUGCAUUCCGAAAAAGAUGUUCUGCUAACAUGCUGCUUAGAUGGAACUGUACGGCUGUGGAGUGAGAUUGAUAGUGGAAGAGCUAAAAAAUCCGGUAAGGACGCCAAUGAUCAGAAGCACAUUAGGCGAUCAUUUCAUGUUACUGCUGUAAUUGAAAUAAACCAGUCAAUGAAUGGAACCUUGGGCAGAGAUAUAUUUGUGACAUGGGCAGUAGAAUUCAGGGGUUUGAUUAAUACAGGUGGAGCAAAACAAUGUCUAUCAACAGGAAAAGAGAAUAAUCAGCCUGGCAGGUGUGAGUGGUUAAUUGGGUUUGGGCCUGGAAUAUCAGUUAGUUUCUGGGCUAUUCACUGCCUUGAUGACAUUUCACCAUUAAGGUUCCCACGAGUGACUCUAUGGAAGAGAGAGUUGUUAGUGGGUACGGAAGUAAAUCAUCUUCAUGGUACUGGUGACUCAAAUACUAAAAACCUACCACUUUUCACUAAAGCCAUUACAAUGAGGAGUCAACUCUUUGGUCCACCGGUCAUAUGCUCUUUGAUUCAGUUAUUGCCUUGUAAUUCCAUGAGCUGGUUACAAUUAUACACUCCGUCAUCAAAUGAUAUGGAAGAUGGAUCUUUAAAACAGUCUGGAAAGGAGAACUGCUUAUCAUGUUCUGCUUGUGGAGUUUUAAGUCUAGAUGGUCAUAGUGGAAGAAUCUCACAAAUUGCACUACAUCCUUAUAGUUGCGAACAUGAACUUCUUGUUUCUUUGGAUUCUAAUGGUUUCCUUCUUUUCUGGUCACUUUAUACCGAUUCCAGUUACAGUUUGGGCAUGCCAAUGGUGGGUCAUAAUUCAUGGAAACUAUUAGGCAAAACUUUAGUCCCAAAUUUUUCAUCUUUGGAUUAUAAGAGCCUGAGAUGGGCGCCGUCAGUUUUGAAUCAGCACCGAGUUCUUCUUAUGGGACAUUCUAAAGGAAUUGAUUGCUUCAUUAUUAAAAUUUCUGAAAGUGAACAAGAAAAAAUAUUAUGUCAUAGGUUAUGCACAGUCCCUUUCUUUGGUCAUAGCUGUAGUGAUGCACCCACCAACAUCUUUGCAAUCCCUGUGCCUUCAGACUCUGGGCAAACCUUCAUGUUUGACAAUUUUAUGUUGAUAGGAGUAUGGAUGAAGGAAUUUCAAGCUUUAUCAUGGAAAGUUACCUUACACUCUAAGGAUAUAUCUGAAAGCAUCUGUGAAUGUAGUUUUGACACCAAAAAUGGCGCAUGGGUACAUGAAAAUGCUUUUGCUGGGAAAAGGUAUUAUGUUGUUGCUGUUCCUUGCUCAUCAAUGUUUCCAGAUCCUCACAACCUUGACCAAGUUACAACCGUGGCUGUGGUCUGUCCAGGUACACUGAUGCCAUAUGUACAACAAAAUUGGAGUUCUCCUGAUGGUUUGUGCAGGAAAUAUGCUGCAUACCACAUGGCUACAGGCUGUUUGGAUGGAAGUCUAAAACUAUGGAGAAGUGGUCCUGCAAUAUCAUCACCUCCACAUCUUGCGAAGUCUCCCUCACCCUGGGAGCUUGUGGGGAUGUUUUGCGUGCAUCCUGGUCCAAUUAAUGCAUUGUCGCUUUCCAAUUGUGGUAGGAAGAUUGCAACCAUCAGCAAGGCAGGCCAUUUAGAUAAUGUAAGCACUCUUCAUAUAUGGGAUUCCAUAUGCCUCAUAGGUGGUGGAAACUUUUUAGUGGAAGAUAAGAUAUCCUUGGAUGGGGCUGUCAUUGCUCUAAAUUGGUUAGCCUUGGGAAAUGGUCAAUUACUGCUUGGCGUUUGCAUGCAAAAUGAGUUGCGGGUAUAUGCUCAAAGACGUUGUGGUCGUCAUAUGGUAAAGUCUGAAAAAUCAUUGGACAUGCAUAUUUGGUUUUGUCUUGCAUCUGCUCGUACUAAUCCAGCUAUUCAAGACUUCCUUUGGGGGCCCAGGACAACACCUAUUCUUCUUCAUGAGAGAUACUUUUGUCACUUCAGUCAGUGGUCAUUCCAUAUGGAUGAGGAAUAUCGAGCUAGGUGCUAUAAAAAAUAUGCUGAAGAUGAUCCUCAUCUUUGCAGGAAUGGAGAAGAUACAAGGAUGCUUUCUGCAAUUUUUACUGACUUCAAUAGUUGUAAUGUUGAAGAAUUAUCCAUUGAUGAGAGGGGUGAAAGAUGGAAUUCCAUUUUGCCUGGGUUGAAGAGUGCAAAAAUUGAUUCUCUGUUCAACAAUUACUUUCUAUCAAUGGCUCAACAACAAUAUAGUUUAACACCCAAAAUUGGUUGGUGGAACAUGCUAGAAGUUGCAGAGAAAUUGGGUGGAUCUUUGCCUAUUUAUAAUCCUGAGGCACUCCUUUUCAAUAUGUAUGCAGGGAAGUGGAAACGUGCAUAUAUUGCCAUACAGCACCUAGUGAAAUAUCUUAAAUCUGAUAAUGCUUCUGUUACCUGUCAGAAUGGUAGUCUUAUCAUUCCCCAGAUACAUUUGUCAAAGUAUUUUGAAGAACUUUUCUCCACAAGUUUGGGUGAUAAAGGAUUACAAUGGGGUGGAGAUGCUUCAAUGUUCUCAUCUUCUGCACAAUUUGAGACAAGCUCAACUCAGUUUGGUGGAUAUAAUUCAACUGUCAAUGGUACCAAUAAUAUGUUUACUUUCUCCUCAGCAAAAUCUGAAGUCAAUAGCUUUAUCGAAACUUUGGAGAAAACCAAUGACUUUGUGGCUAUGAGUAAUAGUGAGAGGAUGCAAAUGCUCGCACUUAUAGAUCUUUUGGGUGAAGUCAGUGGUUCAUGUUCUUCAGCUUAUGACAGCCUUGAUGAACCUGGUCGAAGGUUUUGGGUUGCAUUGAGGUUUCAGCAAUUUUAUUUUCUCCGAAGAUCUGGAAGAUCUGCAUGUGCAGAAGAUUUGGUUGUUGACUCCGAGCUGAUGGGAUGGGCCUUCCACUCUGAUUGUCGAGAAAAUCUCUUUAGGUCUUUUCUCUCAAAUGAACCCUCAUGGAAGGAAAUGCGGAAUUUGGGUGUGGGAUUUUGGUUUACUAAUUCAGCAGAACUGCGUACAAGGAUGGAGAAGCUUGCAAGAUUACAAUAUUUAAAGAAGAAAGAUCCAAAGGAUUGUACUCUUUUAUAUAUAGCAUUGAAUAGACUUCAAGUUUUGACUGGUCUUUUUAAGAUCAGCAGAGAUGAAAAGGACAAGCCUAUGGUUGCAUUUUUGUCACGCAAUUUUCAGGAGGAGAAAAACAAGGCAGCUGCUUUAAAAAAUGCUUAUGUCUUAUUGGGAAAACAUCAGCUGGAUCUUGCUAUUGCUUUCUUUCUACUUGGAGGUGAACCUUCUUCUGCGGUCACUAUCUGUGCCAAAACUCUAGGGGAUGAGCAGCUUGCUCUUGUUCUUUGUCGGCUUCUUGAGGGUUACGGCGGACCGUUAGAGUGUCAUCUUGUAUCAAAGGUUCUGCUUCCUGCUGCUAUUGAGAAACAGGACUAUUGGCUUUCAAGUCUUCUUGAGUGGACAUUAGGGAAUUAUCCUCAAUCAUUUCUGAGCUUGCUUAGUUUCGAAACUGAUUUGGCAUUUAAGAAGCCUGCUCUCCUAUCCAACAAUGCUGUUUUUUUAGACCCGAGUGUUGGUCAGUACUGCCUAAUGCUGACAUCCAAACAUAGAAUGAGGAAUUCUGUAGGAGAGAGUGUUGUUGCAAUGCUGGCAAGGUGGGCAACCUGGAUGACUGCUACUGCAUUGAACAGAUGCGGCCUUCCGCUUGAAGCUUUGGAGUGGCUUUCAUCUUCUCCUAGCACUCUUGAGGAUAAAGAUCAAGGCAGUGUAGAUUUUGGGAACCUUGACAUUCUACACGGACUACUAAAGUCAUCCACCAGUGAUGCCUCUAACUGGCUGUCAGGUGAUGUGGCUUUUAAUUUGGAGUCACAUGCUAAAUUGGAUUUAGCAAUCCAGUACCUUUCAGGGCUGAUAAUGGAGCAUCCUGUUUGGCAAGACAUCUGUUUAAGAUCUAAUCAAGCACUUGCCCGCACCAAAGAGUAUGAGACUCAUCAAUUCAAGUUGUUACAUGAAAGUUUUCAACUUAAGUUAAACACAGGACUUGCAAUUUUUGAACAGAAGUAUGCUUUGAAUAGUCUUGAUCUGAUUGAGACGAUGCUAGUAUUUUCAUGCAAUCAUGGGUUGCCAUUUCUUGGAUACCAAAUAUUACACGACUAUAAUUCUCAAGGACUUCAACAAGAUGAAUUUAACAAUUUUCUUUCAUUAUGUAUCAUUCCUACACUCAUUCUGAAGGCUGUCAUACAGGUCUGCUAUUUAGUUGCUCGGAAUAUUGUGGCCUGGAGCAUUCUUUGCCGUCAAUUGACACCAAGCUCUACAAAAAGUGAUGGAUAUGGUGGCAUAGCUUGGAAUUCGUAUGUUACACGACCAAUGAGAAGCUUAAGUGCCACUCUGCAAUUUUAUUGUGCUGGCUUUCUGAGAGAUGAUUUCACAAUAAAAAUCUUUACUGUUCUUGAUCUUUUUGAAUAUUAUUCAUGUUUUUCUUCUGCUUGGUCUUUAAGGAAUUUGAAAGAUCUCAUUCUGAUGGUACAACCCAUUUUGAUUAUGGAUACCAACAAGAAGUACGCACCCUCAGAAGCAGACAUCACGAAUUUGAAGAAAGUUAUGUACCAAUCUGCAGAGUUGACAACCCAUAGUUUGUUAAGUGAUGAUGUGGGGGGCCUUCCCCAUGCUACACAAACGCAAGGGCAACAUGAAGAUGGUGAAAACUUUUGGUCUUCAAUACCAGAAGAAGAAAGAUGGCCAUUCUUAGGGGCUUGCCUCUGGCGAUUCCAAACCAAGUUUGCCAAAGUUCUGCUACAGCCAGUUUUUGAUGUCCUUAAAGAUGGUCAAUUAUAUAAUAUUUCUCUCAGCAGACUUUCCUCCUUGGCAUUUAGUCCUAGAACUUCUUUGUCUGAUGGCAAUGUUACCGUGAAACAGAUCAAUAUGGUCACAGUAGUUAUGGCGGAGUUAUUGAAGAGCUCACUUUCAUGUGUUUCUUCUUCUCAUGAAAAACAUCUAGCAUCAUUUUUGAGGCAAAAAGUAGAGGAUGGGUUACCUAUGCCUACUCUUGUUUGGUUAGAAAAAUCUAGGUCUCAACCAAGACCUCUGGGUGGUCAUCCGGGUUGGAGAACUUAUAACUUGCACACAAUUAAUGAUACAAACUGGAGGAUAUCAUUUGAAAUCUUAUGGGAAAUUUCUACUGAUCCAAAGGAAAUAUGGAAAGAUUUUGCGCAGGAAAAUGUAAGCUGGCUGCAAUUUAUUAGCCAGAAGUCCUCUAGAAGCUGGAGUAAUAUACAUAAAGAAACCAUAGGUGACUGCGAAAAUGCUGACACCUCAAGUUAUGAUCAAGUGGAAUGGCAUAGCAACUCUUCUAAUGGGGCUGGAUCACCAGCUCAGUAUCGAUCUCUUGAUGGCCAUAGUUUCCUUGGUCCUGGAUGGAAAGCAUCUACCAUUACCAGGGAAGCUAUAUGUUUUGAGCAUCCAAAAGAAAUAUAUAAGAAAAACGGAGAGCUUCUAGAGGCUAUAUGUAUCAAUUCCAUUGAUCAACGGCAAACAGCGCUUGCUAGCAAUAGAAAGGGGAUAGCUUUCUUUAAGUGGAAAGACGAAGAACCUUUUAAAGAUCAGUCAGAUUACAUCUGGUCAGAGGCUGAUUGGCCGCAAGAUGGGUGGGCUGGUUCUGAAUCUACUCCAAUGCCCACAUUUGUUUCUCCAGGUGUCGGUCUUGGUAGCAAGAAAGGGUCACACCUUGGAUUGGGUGGAGCAACAAUUGGACUAAGAAGGCCUUUGGCAAAACCAGGGAAAGAAAUGACAGGUGGGGCUGCAUUUGGAAUCCCAGGUUAUGCUGGUAUUGGUGCUUCUGGCUUAGGUUGGGGUGUACAAGAGGAUUUUGAGGAAUUUGUUGAUCUACCUGCAACAGUUGAAAAUAUAAGCACAAGGGCUUUGUCCAGUCACCCAACACGGCCUUUGUUCUUGGUUGGAUCUAGUAAUACCCAUGUUUAUCUUUGGGAGUUUUGUAAGGACAGAGCUACUGCAACCUAUGGUGUGUUGCCUGCUGCAAAUGUGCCUCCACCAUAUGCACUUGCAUCAAUAUCAGCAUUGCAGUUUGAUCACUGUGGACAGAGAUUUGCUACUGCUGCAUCAGAUGGAACCGUAUGCACAUGGCAACUUGAAGUUGGAGGAAGGAGCAAUGUCCGCCCAACAGAAGCAGCCCUUUGCUUUAACAGUCAUGCAUUGGAUGUUAGUUAUGUGGCAGGGAGUGGAUCCAUAAUUGCUGCAGCUGGGUGUAGCUCUAAUGGUGUUAAUGUAGUUAUAUGGGAUACCUUGGCUCCUUCAACCACAUCUCAAGCUUCUCUCAUAUGUCAUGAAGGUGGUGCUCGUUCCCUAUCUGUGUUUGAUCAUGACAUAGGAAGUGGUUCUAUUUCUCCCCUUAUUGUCACUGGAGGAAAAGGUGGUGAUGUUGGGGUUCAUGACUUCCGUUUCAUUGCUACUGGGAGGACAAAGCGAAACAGGCAUUCUAAUGCCUCUGAACAGAAUACCAAGUCUUCUCUUACACAUGACAGACAAUCAGGAACUUCAAACAAAUUUGGGGAACAAAACCUGAAUGGGAUGCUUUGGUAUAUACCAAAGGCUCACCAAGGGAGUGUUACAAGUAUAUCUACCAUCCCCAAUACAAGUUUAUUCUUAACGGGGAGUAAAGAUGGGGAUGUAAAACUUUGGGAUGUCAAAAGAGCUGAGCUUGUAUUCCAUUGGCCAAAAUUACAUGAGAAACACACUUUUCUGCAACCAAGCUCCAGGGGCUUUGGUGGAGUUGUUCGGGCUGCAGUCACAGAUAUCCAAGUCCUUUCUGAUGGUUUUCUUACAUGUGGUGGAGAUGGAACUGUAAAGCUAGUCCAGCUCAAAGAUUUCCACCAAAGAACCUGAAAAUGAGACUGAAAAGAAAAAGGAAGCAGAAAGGACAAAUGAAGUAUUCUCUCUGAGCUUUUCCAAAAUAUUAUGUUGGAGCCACGUAGUGCUGUGACGUCUGAAGACUAUGAGACUAGAACAUCUGAAGUGGUUCGGAGUGUUUUUUUCUUCUGAAAAUCAUUUAUUGGUUCAUUAGCCUGUGAUAAAGUAUUUUGAGUAACUUAUUGUUUUUGGCGCAGGGGUUGCAUCCUGUUAGUUGGCAAAGUAUUGUCUAGUCCUGUUCACACUGCUUUGUUGCUGCAGUUUCUCCAACUACACAAUCUGCCUAGCUCAGAUAGUAUGCAUCAGCUAGUGCUGAUCAUUCUUGUUGACAUAUUCUGUGUAAUGCAUAGAAUGUCCUCGCCUAAGAAAGCCUGUGGAGAUGAUACCCUGCCGACGAAGCUUAGCUUGGGCUCGUGUUUGCACUGUUUACCACAUGAAUCAACGCAAAAUGGGAUUUCAACCUUUCUGGACUCUUUUGAGGAAGAAUCUGUUCUGCAGAAAUGGAGGUGAUUU